AUGUUCUUCCCCACGAUGGCGCUGUUCCGAUCAACUCCCCAACACAUCCAGCGAUGUAGCAGGUCUAUCUCCUCAAGAGCCAACCUACUCGCUCGCCAAAAUCUACCAGCCCGCGCCACGCUGACAGCACAACAAUCGCGCGCGUACCGAAAACAACAACACCUCCUCCGCUCCCUCCUCUUCCUCACCGCAGCUGGCUCCCUUGCCACUCUGUCCAACUACUACCUUCAGAACAAUGGCCGGCUACUCCGCACUACCCACGCCGAGUCUCCCGAACAAGAAGAGAACCCGUUGGUAUUCGAGGCGUCAAGAAAACAACCAGGGCUGAGCAAAGAGGAGAAUCGAGAUCUGAUUAGCAGUCAGCAUCACCAGGUCAAGCGAUCAUGGGAGAACCCCGGGCUGUAUGCGUGGGGCAGCAACACAGGUCGAGUGGUUGCGCCUGAUCGACCCGAAGAUGCCGUGGUCAAGACACCUCGGCGAAUCAGCUGGUUUGAUGGGAUGUUGUUGCGAGAUGUGAAGCUCGACCGCAAGUUUGGCGCGGCUAUCAACGAGCAAGGCGACCUGGUGCAAUGGGGAACGGCGUACAAACCUGAGCUCCGGGCGCCGGAGGUGACACUCAAAGGCAAGGACCUGGUGCGCUUGUCUAUCAGUCGCGACCGCAUCCUAGCCCUGGGCGGGAACGGGAAGGUGUACAGCAUCUCCGUGUCCGCGGAAGAGCAGUUGGCCGGGAACAAGCCCAGUGAAGCAAGUUGGGUUCCAUUCUGGACCUGGAGGAGCGACAUAUCCUAUCGAACGAUUGAGCCCAAGGGUUUGGGGUAUAGAGAGAAAGUCUCUGCCAUCGACAGCGGCUUGGAGCAUGCCAUCCUGCUCACAAGUAAAGGGCGUGUCUUCUCCAUGGCUUCGGCAUCCGACGCCUUCCCGAAUCGCGGACAAUUAGGCGUGCCAGGCUUGACCUGGGUGACACGACCCGAGGGAGCAUUCGACCAGCCCCACGAAAUCAGCACGCUCAACGGCUUUCCCAUUGCCCAAGUGGCAUGUGGAGACUACCACACGCUCGUCCUCGACACUUCAGGCCGAGUAUUUAGCUGGGGCGACAAUGCAUCCGGCCAACUGGGAUUUGAUUUCAAUUCGGAAUCGACCAUCAUCGACGCACCAUCCCUCCUUCCCACCGGAAGAUUAUACAUGGGCACCUCCCAAGUCCCGCUCAUCACCUCCGUCGCCGCCGGCGGCUCCAACAGCUACAUCACCGUCGAGGCAACCCGAGUGGCAUCCCCCAAUGACGACAGCAACGAUGCGCGCACAAAGCGCAUGCUCGGCCGCGUGACGGCCGACACCUUCGCCUUCGGCACCGGCAUCUACGGCCAACUCGGCAACGGUCGCUGGACCCACAUGCAAUACAGCCCGACGAAAAUUCCCAUCCUGAGCGGGCUGUUUGAGUACGACGAGCGCACGAACCGCACGGUGCCCAUCCGCCUCGCGCACCUGUCCGUGGGCUCCACGCAUGCCGCGGCCGUGAUGCGAAACAUUACCUACCUCUCCGCCACCGAGCGCACCAGCUCCGACGACACCAACUGGGGCGCCGAUAUUGUGUUUUGGGGCGGCAAUGAGUCCUACCAGCUCGGCAUAGGGAAGCGCAACAACGUGCCCAGCCCCGUGUAUCUGCAGCCUCUGGACGCGGAGGCGGAGGUGAAGCGCUCACGGAAGAGCAGUGGGAGUAAAGAGGAGCAUCGAUUCCAUCUCACGCCGAGAGCGAUGGCGAAGUUGGGAGACGGGCGGUGGAAGAGUGUGGAGCAGAGGGUGGAGUGUGGCCGCGGCGUCACGGCGGUGUACUCAGGGACGUGA